AGAAAGAAGGACUCUUCUGGCGGCGGAGGUGGAGAAAAGGGCGACGAGAAAUCCCCUGGUGAAGGCGACCGGAUUCAACCCGUGCCUCAGCCUCGACGUUGGAUUUCCGGCCCCCAGGAAAAGGCAAAUGUCGACAUGAUGACUGGUUUCGGGAAGAAAUCUUUGUGUUUGCGUGACGGCGAGCGUGAAAUUAGACGCUGUCCACACGAGCCAGGAGCGCUCUUUGUCGUGCCCUGGUUGUGUAUAAUCAAAAGCGGGGAAGUUUUACGAAAUGACCCGCGCCGGUUGGGUCUUGUGACCCGGGCAGCACGGGCGAGGUUGACGGGGCUUUUUUCUUUCCUGAACAUGCGUCGCUCAUCAUCGGGUUGUGACGACGAGGGAUUCCUGGACGAAAGCAAUCCUCCGUCCGCCAUGGCGUCCUCACCAGGCGCCUCUGAGAUGAGCUGUCUGAGUGACGCCAGCGUCGUCUCGAGUGCACCCAACAGCUGUCGACAAUCCCCGGAGACCACCACCAAAGACGACGUCGAGCCGUCGGACCUGAUCGCGGCUCCGUUGCCACCAGGACCGCCGCCAAAGAAACCGCCUCGAACAUUCGCACACGACGUUUACCUUCGCACCAAGGCCAAGCCCCGCGACGAAGACGAAAAGAAUAAUUACGCCGAUCCAGGCAGCAAACACAGUAACAAUAGUUUCCAUGGCAGCACUAGCAAUGUGAACGGAGUGCGCCGCCCGCGAUGUCCGCCCCCGAGUCCGCCGCGUCGCCUGGAAACGUCGCGAGCAGAGGAGAGGACGAAUCCGUAUGUUGACUUUACGCCGGCGUCGAGGGCGGCGAUUGUGGCGCCGGUGUCGACGACGUUGAAGCGGUGUCGCAGUGAAGAGCAUGUCUAUGCUGUGCCGUACGUGGAGGUUGGGGUGACGUUGCGGAGCAAGGUGUCGUCACCGGUGUAUGCCGAGAUCAGUGACGACCGUGACGCGGCACAACGGCAAAUUUCAACCAGAUCCGAUGAACUUCACUAUUCCGUGAGUAAUAAAUCAUGA